AUUGGACCUUGGAAUGUUGCGGUCAACAUGAAGGCUACGUUACUUUGUUCUGUGUUUAAAAGCUUGUGCAACAAUUUUAAAUAUAUGUUCUAAUUCAUUUCAAUAAUGGCAUCACCGACAUUGAUACUCGAUAUGGGUGGUGGAUCACUGAAAAUUGGAUUUUCUACAGAUCCUCAUCCCAAAAUUAUCGAUAAUUCCAUUUUUAAGUCGAAAACGCUUGGUGGUCGUACAUUCGUUGGAAAUGAAAUAGAACAAUGCAAUAAUUUGUCGAGUUUAUUUUGUGUCAUGCCAUUCAAAAAAGGCUAUAUUAACAACUGGGAGGUUCAAUGUCAAAUUUUGGACACAACUCUUAAAAGCAUAGUUAAAACAAACUCUCAAAAUUCUUUAUCUGAUCAUAAUCUAAUUGUUACUGAGCCGUAUUUCAACUUUUCAUCAACUAAAGAAGCUAUGAAUGAAAUCUUUUUUGAAGAUUAUCAAGUGGCUGGUUUGAUCCGCACAAAUCCUGCAUUUUUAAGCGCUUACAAAUAUAGAAGUGAAUCAGCUCAACGUCUUUCAAGAUAUUGUAUAGUUAUUGACUCUGGAUACUCAUUUACGCACAUUGUGCCCAUGGCUGAUGGAUUUGUUAUGAAAGAUUUCGUCAUACGGCUAACAGUAGGUGGGAAAAUUCUUACAAAUCGUUUGAUUGAAGCUGUAUCCUAUAGACAUUUGGAUGUUCGAAGUGAGAUAUAUAUAAUGAAUCAGUGCAAAGAAGAUGUAUGUUAUGUAUCCACUGACUUUUGGCACGAUAUGAAGAUUUCCCGAUCGAACCAAAAAUCAAAUAGCAUUUUAAGAGAAUAUGUACUACCAAACUAUGUCGAUGUACACCGUGGAUAUGUUCGUGAUCCGAAUGCGGUGGCUUCUGAAAAUAGUGGUAACGAUAAAUCAGAACAACGAGCUUCCAAUCUGUCACAGCAAGGAUAUGUAUUGCGUUUGAAUAAUGAGCGUUUUACAGUUCCUGAACUGAUUUUCCAUCCAUCUGAUGUGGGCUAUCAAGAAAUGGGGCUUACAGAAGCUAUCCAUUACCUAAUGAGUGAACGAUUACCGGCUGCAGUAAGGCCAGGAGCUUGGGCAAAUUUUAUGGUUAUGGGUGGUAAUGCAUGUUUUCCAGGAUUUGCUGAACGAUUACAAAGAGAUAUUCGUACUCAAGCACCUGAUGAUCUUCCGGUAAAUGUCUUUAAACCCCCUAAGUAAGUUGUAUUUUUCUUCUACUAACUCUCAUUUUUAAGAUAAAUUCUAAAAGCUGCUUUUUGAUUGUAUCAAAGACUAUGACAUGUUAUUUGGAGUGUUUUCUUCGAGUGGUAUUCGUUGAGAAUUUAUAGUCUUCCUUUUUAUUGGACUUCUCAGAAGACAUACUUUUGAAAGAAAUACCUGUUUCCUCCAACUUACUAUAGAUCCAUCACUUUCUAAGAAAUCUAAUCAACAUCAACAACAAGGAAUUAAUCUUGUUGAGUGAAGGUGCUGAUAAAGGGUGUUUCAUUUGCUUUCGGAGACUUCGUCACUUAUGGUGGGUUGCUGGCUAGCGAACUGUUUGUUUAAACACUAAGCGCUUGCUUAUCUUCAUUUUAAGCUAUUUACAGUUCAAGAUUAUUCGAACGUCUAGUAAUCAGCGACCAAGUUAUUAGGUAGAUAUUUGUUUUGUUAUUUCACGACUGAGACGUGACUAUUAAAGUUGGGAAGUAGGCACUAUUUUGUAAUAUGUGUCUCUAAAACACUUCUGUGCGGUGGGACCACUAGCCUCUGCUGAAUGGGUUGUUUUUCACAUAUUUUAUAUAUUUCUAGUCAUUUCAUACCCUAGCAUAAUAUUUUUGGCUAACAUAUGAACAGAAUAAAAGAAAGUUUAGGACGACCAAAACAAAAAGUAGCAUCAACCCAUCAAGUCGCGAUGAAUAUGGGUCGCAUAAGCUUCUUCAUUUGGAUCAGCGAAAUACAGCUCAAAACUAAUCGUUGUCUUAGAUCCAUCCACCUGUUUUAAAAUGUUUUUUUCUUUGUCUUUCUUCCUACAGUUCUUUACUUUUAUUGCAUUAUCUAGACCUCCACUCACUGUACUGAUGGGAAAUGCGCUGAUAAGAAUGAUCACAAACAUUUUUAAGAUCUGACUCUGUCUGUGGUUUUAAAUAAACUUGUCUAAACUUUGAUUCUGACUACAAUACUUGCUGUGUUUUUUUUGGUCGUCAAAAGUUGUCAGGUAAUCCAUAAAAUAUUUCUCGCUUCUGGUUAAUAUCUUUUAACAUAUCUUCGGUUUCAAAAUAACUUGUUUCCCAAUACAGACUUGAACCCUCAGCUUUGUAUCAUUUGGCUCAGUGAAUAUACUGUGCAUUUUUUUACUGGAUAAAACGACUAAUUUUUAAACCUAACCCAGUAAACAUUCUUGUGCACUAGGUUACAUAUUUUUUAUGAUGAACGUUAUGACUAGUUAAGUUAAAUGCCUUUUCACAAUAAUUGCCUGUAUUUAACAGUUUCUUUUUUUGCUACUUUCGUUUUUCUACACCAACAUUAGUCCUCAAACCUACGCUUGGGAAGGUGGUGUUUUGUUUUGUCAAAAUUCAGAUUCAUUCAAUCAUUUCUUAGUCACGCGCAAAGAAUAUGAAGAGCAAGGAUCUAGUUAUUGUGAAAAACGAUUCCCCAUCUCUUGAAUUUCUAUUAAUAUUUAUGCUUUUGUACAAUGAGACAAAGAAUAUGUAUAAAUUUAUUCAAUAUAUAUAGGAAUAAUAAUGGUAACAACACAUU